CGUUUUAUUUAAUAUAUGUCAAUCAAUGACUUACCUACCCAAUGGAAGCAUGUAAAUACAUAAACAAUUAAAUCAGCUGAUUAACAGACCUUAAAAAAUUAUAUCAACAGUAAGAAAAAUGCCAACUAAAUAUUCUAACAAACGUGUAAAUGACGCACUGAAUAAUGCAGAAAUAUACAGAGAUAUGGAUUAUACUGCAGAGAUAAAGUAGUACAGAUUUUAUUAAAUUACAAGUUUAUGUUUUUUUAUUAUGAAAUGAUAAUGAACGUAAAUGCGUUUACUUAAUAUUAGUAGUUGUGAGCAUGUAUUUCGUGAUUAAAAAAUAAACAAUAUUUUGGCUUUCUGACGUGGAAAAAGGAAAAUGUUAGGUGCAGCAUGGGUUUUUGGCCAUGUGCCACCCCCUGGUUUAUAGCGAGCAGCGAGGGCUACAUGCGCCUCGCGGAGUCCUCAAUGGCGGAGGACAGCCCUAUAGCGCUCACUCAAACAGACACUCCCUUUCCAGGCCUCCACAUUUUUUGUAGUGUUACAUAACGGCUAUUUUACGCAGAACCUAAUGUGCUUAUGCACACGGUCGUAUUUGUAAUUUUAACUUAUUAAUAUUGUUGGUUUGGAUGUUUUCAGAAAUAUCUGUCUUAGAUGCCUCUUAAAGCUAUUCCUCAAUGAAUCCAGCUUUAAUGUUACUAGAAGGUUGUGAUAUUGGCCGAUAUUUGUAUAUGGGGCAGUGAGAGUAAGUUAAAUUUACCUUGCUUUACUGUAAUACGGUAAAACAAAAAAAAAGCGCAAAAGUUGGUACCAAGCAGAAAGCCGAAUGAGGAUAAGCGUGACCCCGCCUCCGGAGUAGCUACAACACAUCCUGCACGUUUCCCUUCACAAUACUUAUGCCUGCCUCUGUCCUGGUCUUUAUAAACAUGUCAUUAACUUCAUUAGCAAAGGAGAAACGAACAAGAUCCCACUUUACUCCUAUGAGAUUUGCUGUAUUUCUUCCGCAGCCUCUUCUCAUCUUAUCUGUUGUAGUAAACUGUUAGUCUGCUUGUAGCUGAAACAUUGGAAGCAGUAGACUUUGCGUGCAUUUUAAUUCAGCAUUUAAACGCGUUUUUUUAUCUUUUUUUUUGCGGUACAUAUACGUAGUUUAAAAUGCCUUUUCUCCAGCCUGUUACAGAUACAGAUUUGGAGAGACUGGCGUUGGAUCGGGUUGUACCUUGUUUACUGAAUUACGGUUUCUUUUAUGUUGAUAAUUUUCUCGGAGACUUAAUCGGACAUUGCGUUUUGGACCAAGUGAAAGAAAUCCACAAUUCUGGUCUUUUACACGAUGGCCAGCUUGCCGGUCGAAGGUAUGGGGUUUCCAAAAGGCACAUCAGAGGCGAUAAGAUAGCAUGGGUUACUGGUACUGAAAAGGGCUGCGAAGCGAUCAAUUUCCUGCUUUCAUUAAUCGACAAGCUGGUAAUGUUCUGCAUCGGGAGACUUGGAAAUAACAACAUCCGAGAAAGAUCUAAGGCAAUGGUGGCCUGCUACCCGGGAAAUGGCACAGGCUACAUAAAGCACGUGGACAAUCCCAACGGAGAUGGCCGCUGUGUCACCUGCAUCUACUACCUGAACAAGAACUGGGAUGCCAAGGAAAAUGGAGGAGUUCUUCGAAUAUUCCCUGAAGGGAAAUCCUAUGUAGCAGACAUCGAGCCGCUGUUUGACCGGCUGCUGUUCUUCUGGUCCGACAGGAGGAAUCCACACGAAGUCCAGCCAUCCUACACUAAAAGGUAUGCUAUUACAGUUUGGUACUUUGACUCGGAAGAGAGGGCCGAAGCCAAAAGGAAGUUCAGAGAUUUAACUGCAAUUUCACAGGAUAGGAGCACCUCCUGAUCCCCCACCCCACCCCACCCCACCCCCGGAUGUGUACCACGGAAUACCCUGGGCCCACAUCCAGGCCCAAGUACUGAACACGAUUGUCUCUGGCAUAGCACUUUAGUUUGUGUGUUCCGGACUUCUGUGGAGUAUGAACCCUGGUAUCUGCCAAAGCUUCACACAUACAUCUGGAAUCAUGGGAAUUGUGUUAAGAUUUUUUUUUUCUUUCCAGUUUGGUUUGGCCACUGGUAUUUGGACAUUUGGUUGCCACAUUAAAUCAUUUUACGCACCCUAUGGAUUAAAGCAUCAGCCCAUCUGCCUUCCAUAACCACUUACAUUGUUGGUAAUGGUGUUGGGGUCUCAGUCUGUCCCAGGAUACCCAGGGUACAUGGCAGGGAACGGAAAGACUGCGAUCCUGAAGGGAAUUAAAGUCCUGGAAAACUGCAACCUUACAGUAAAUUUAAAAUAAAUGUCCUUAAAUGCAUUUAAUUGUAAAAUGAUUUUUAAUGAUAAAUUAUUAAAGAGAAUGAAAAAAUUAAUAAAACAGGACAGGGAGACGAAUAAGCAGGGGUUUUCAUCCAUGAUAUAUACCCUUCUUAGAAACAUAAGGCAGCACAAGAAAAAAUGUCCCUCUACUUCCUUCUGAAUCCCUUUAAAGCCUAUUUAGGAAACUAACCAAAGGACACAUUUAGAUCAAAUAUAAGACAUUAUCUAUUUGAAUGAAUUUCAUAUAUUUUUUUGUGAUUUCCAUUGGCUAUGUGUUUUGGAGCAGUUUCGCAGAAAAUUUAGAAGAACAUAUUACAUGUUUAUAAUUUACUAUAUAUGUCUGACUAUACAGUCUUAAGUAAAGAUACGUGGUUUGCUUGAAUGAUGUGUAGCUUCAAAACAACAAUGAAAAGAUUUUGUUUGAGUGACCCUGAGUAAUUGCAAGAUUUAAUGGCCAGGAAAACCUGAGAAUCCAAUGAAAUUAUUAAUAUUAAAAUAGUUCUUAAUAAUAUCAUAGUUCCAUUUGUUUUAAGUGAACUUACUGUACUGUAUACUCAGAAUUUAUAUUAAAAUAUGUCUGAUAGUGUAAAUCUAUAUUAAUGUAAACAGCUUGCACCAAAAUUAGUUUAUAAAAAGCCUAAACUGAGCUGUACUGAAAGGUCAACGAGGUGAAUGUGGAAAAUGAACAAAUAGAGAGUGAUAAAUCAGUUGUUAACAGCAGUGACAUAUACAGGGCUGGAUGUCUGGCAUGUUAGAUGUUUUUGUUGAUUGAUUUCUGAAGAUUUACUUUUUAUUCAAAUUUAUUAUUCUGAAUGAAAUUUCAUGCCAAUUUAUUAUGGCCUCAAAUAUUAACAACAUAUGAGAAAUUAACUUAAAAUUUAAGCUAAUAAACACAUACUCUUACGAUAAUGUCACCACAAUUGCAACAGUUCAGAUUUUUCAUAUAGCAAUCAGACAUGAAAAAUGCUUGUAUAGUAAUUGACUGUCUGACGUCUUCAUUUAAACACUUUUUACUGAACAAUCUGCUCAGUCUACUUCUGUUCACUCUGCUUUUCUAACCAUUUAAAGAAGUUAAAGAAUCCCGUUCUUUAAAAUGCAAUGCAAGUUAAUAUCAUCUUCGUAAACUAAAUGCCAUAUAUUUGUAAAAUACAUGUACAUAGUGCGUUUUAAGUAAUUUAUUGUUAUGCUUUCUUAAGUACAUGUUAUUAAUAGUUUUGCCUAUUUAAGGUAAAGAAUUAUGCUUAAAAAAGAAAUAGAAAUACAAUUUUGAGUUAAAGUAAGUUGGCUCGCCAGACCCCUGAAAGUUAUCUGAGUUGAUCUGAGAAGUUCUGUCAAUAUAGAUUCUUCAGUACAGAUGUUCAGUACAGAUUUUUUUUUUUAAAUACAGGAGCACAACAUGUAGAUGGUAAAUUUUGUACAAAUUGGGUGAUUAUGUGUAUAGAAAAACAUUUAUUUUUUUUGCAAAUAAUCCUAUUUAUAUUCAUCAGUCAGAAGAAUUUAAACAAUUUGGAUUCAGGCAUUAAACGUAUUCUCAAGGGUUACUCUGACAAUAGCAAUAUAAAGCACUUCAGUUUUCCAAUUUUACAAUUCAACUAAACUUUACUUUUUCUAUGUAUAUUAGUGCGUUUGAAAUUUUGUUCUGCCAGAAAUCUUCAAUUGCAGUUGUUGAGUUGUGAGAUGUACUUGACUUAUGAAAUAGGUUUAAAGGAUUUUCAGAUCCCCACGAUCCUGCAUAAGAUAAAGGGGCAUAGAGGAUGGAUGGAUGGAUGUUCAGACAAACUCUUGAAAAAAACUCUUGCUUGAGAAAAUAGGGAGCAAUUUCACUUUAUCUCACCUUCAAAUAUCUUUCCAUCCUGGACUUCCUACAAGCACCCUUAAGGAUAAAGUGUUUUCAGAUCUUCUUUUGAAGUUUUAUCCUGUAUUAUUUUUACAUUAUAUAGUGAUAAUGAUUUCUGUGUAUGUUAUCUGUCGAUAGUCUGAUUCAGACAAUUGAAUGUUAGAUGCAGUUUUACUGUUUUAAUCAUGAUUAUACAAGGACUGUAUUGAAGCAUCCGUCCUUAUUUUGUAUGUGAAACUUAGAGCUGCUAACUCAUCAUUAGACAUUAAAUUUAAUGUCUGUUGUUGUGUGGGUCAUGGCUUGCAGUGGAAGUUCAGCCUGCAGUUACGGGCAAUUAUGAUUAGUAAGUCAGUCAAAUCCCCAUCAUCCUCAUGUAACAUUUCCCAGUCUGUUUUGAGAGAAGUGUGAUCAUAUUAAGAUUAACAUUCCCAGCAUUUUGGGAAAGUAUGUACUUUGUGUUUCUGUGUGCUUUAAAUGACUUUGUAAGAAAUAUGCUUUAUUUAAUGUAAUGAUACAGUAACCUUUAAGCCAGCUUGCAUGCUGGUCAGCAGUGCUGGUCACUUAGACAAUAGUUUUGGAAAACUCAAAUUAUUACUGUAAGCCUUUGUUGUCUUAAUGCUUUUUGAGAAAUAAAGUGCUUUUUCCACAA